AUCACGGAAAGAAGAGUCCAAGAGUCAACUUUCGAUGCUGAUCGUCAUUGGUCGGUCACGUGAUACAGCCCUUAAGUGGCUCCAAGCAAUUCUGGUUUGUCAAUAGGCUAGAUGCACUCAUCAUUCGUGAUUCUCGGUCCGCUCAUGCGGAAUCGCGGACAAGCAUAGCCGCUGCACAAGGUUCACAAGAUCUUGGUCAAAGCCCAGCGCUUGAUCUCGUUGGCAGAUUAUGCUUGCUUUCAAUCAGGAAUGCAGAUGGUCAUUUCCCCACACGGUUUGGUUCCGAGGUACUGCGGCACGUCGGGCCCGCAUAAGCCAAGCUGAGGGUACAUGCGUCGGCCUAAGAUGUGUGACGAUUGGGAGGUCACUCAGAGGCUAAAAGGACAGCUGCAGGGCCCCGCAUGAGAUCUGCCCAACGAGAUCGAUCUUUUACGACCGGGGUGGAGCCUCUACCAGCCAAUUUUUGGCGCUGCCCUCACAAGAUCAUGGCGCUCCAAGACGCGUUCAAGAUCGAAAUCAUAGACGAUCGUGAAUGUGCGUUCACGACCAGCGAUCAUGACCCGCCUAUCGAAGACGAUGCGCGCUGCUCCCAGAACGGCACUUGAUCAAAUAAUAGGUAUUCAGCGGAGGUAUUUUAGCAUCAUUCGAUGGCUUGAGGCAUGCAUUGAGAUGCUCGCCGUUACUUUGAGUGCAUCGGCAAGGUGCCAGGAUGUCGAUUCUGAUCUCACG